GCAGAACGGUGUUAUCGCUAUAAGUGGUCGUGCAGGUUCUAUUUCUGUAAUAAAAGUAUUUACAGUGAGAAAUCUUUAAAAGUCAAACCGAAAAAGUAGACGUUAUUCCGUGAUAGUGUAGACAGCCACAACAUUCUGAGUUACGUCGUCUGGAAAUUCUGGAAUGCUUGAAUCAGAUAUCCAGUUGCUGUAUAUAAGCAAACCUCGACAAUGUCGACCGAUGCCCAGCUGAACUUUGACGAGAUCGAGACUUACUUGCAACAAUUUGACGGGGGCGACAUCGUCCUUUCCAAAAAACACUUCAAUAAAGGCCUUGCUAUAAUCUACUUUAACAACCCCGGCAAGAAAAAUGCAAUUAGCGGAAAAAUGAUGGUGCAACUCCGCCAGUGCAUUCUCCAGCUCGAGCAAUGGAAGGAAGGCAAAGCGGUCCUUCUAUGCGGACUCGGCGGAAAUUUCUGUUCCGGGGGAGACCUCCAGUUCGCGAAGGCUUCUGGUACCCAAACUGAAGCUCUACAUAUGAGCAGCUGGAUGCAAGACACUCUAAACCGCUUACACAACCUACCAAUGUUCAGCGUGUGUUUAAUCCAAGGCCCUACGUUGGGAGGUGGGGCGGAAAUCACCACGUUUUGCGAUUUUAUAGUAGCCUCUGACGAUGUCAAAUACGGCUUCGUGCAAGGAAAAAUGGGAAUUAUUACCGCGUGGGGAGGAUCUACGCGGCUUGUUCAAAAAAUUGGACCAAAGAAGGCUCUGAAUCUGUUACUGACGUCCCAGAUUCUGACAGCUCAAGGCUGCGUCGAAAAUGGCGUCGCGGAUCAUGUUGUUCCUGCUCAGGACGCCUUGACUAAGACGUUGGAGUGGAUAGAGGUGCGACUACAACACCAUCAUCGGAUUGUUCGUUCGUUUAAGAAUGUUGUGAACACCGCGACGACAGACACGCUAGAGAAUUCCUUGAAUUACGAAAAAGCCUUAUUUUCUCUAACUUGGGGUGGCGACCUUAACCGAGAGGCUUUAGCGAAGAAUAUUAAGCACGUGAAUCCGAAUAACUCAAAAAUGUAGACACGUUGUAGUAGAUUUGUUUUAGUAGUUUUCUUACCUCGGUGACUCGUGAAGUUAUGUACGAUGUGAUAGAUGUUUCCUGUAGAAUAAAACACACAAGUCUUUA